AUGGCCAGCGAAUUCAAGGCGGUCAUUUUCGAUAUUGGUGGGGUUGUACUCAGAAGCCCCCUGAUCGCUAUUGCGGCGUAUGAGCGGGAGCAUGGAAUUCCCAAUAACUACAUUAACUGCUCGAUUACCUAUCGUGGCUCCGAGGGGGCCUGGCAACGCUUUGAACGUGGAGAAAUGUCUUUGUUCCCAUUUUACGAGGCAUUUGGCCGGGAGUUGUCUGACACCGGAAACGGCAAUAAAUGGUAUAAUGAAUACUGUAGGCGCAAGGGCAUCGAAUGCCCAGAGCUUCCCCGAGGCUUGAACAUCGACGGGCGCGAUCUCUUUGGUCGCAUGAUGCGAGAGAGCGCAACGUUCGACGGAUGCGUAGUGGAAGCCAUCCACAGGAUCAGAGCGGCAAAGCGAUGGCGACUUAUCGCACUCACUAACAACUUUUCCAAGACCGACGCCUCACUCAUCGGGCACGACGUCACCGUGUUCGAGAAGACUCCGGGCGGCACCUUGGAAUCCGAGCUCAAGUUCUUGGGAUGGGAAAAUGGCGCAGUCCCUUCGGGGCUACGAGAGCUGUUCGAUGACUUUAUUGACUCCAGUCAAGUCGGAAUGAGAAAACCGGAACCUGAGUUCUAUCUCUUCGCAUGCCGUCGAAACAAUAUCCGUCCAAAUGAUGCCAUUUUCCUUGACGACCUUGGGCACAAUCUGAGGGCCGCGAAGCAACUCGGGAUGGAAACGAUCCGUGAGUUCAUUACACGUUGA